UAUCACUCCUCCCCACCACUGCCAUGUUGCCUGGAUCGUCAAGGCUCACCGGGAGAGCAUCCCAAAGGCUGAGACGUGGACUAGCUACUGCAGCAACACUGCCUCAGAAAGACUGUUCUUCCAUCACCCCUCCAUAUGGUCGACUCCUCAAGACCUUGGACAAUGUUCGACAGGUCUUGCCGAGAGGAAGCAAACUCACUUUGGCGGAGAAGAUUCUCUAUGCACACUUGAGGAAUCCAGAAGAAAGCCUGGGUGGAGGUGGGAAGAUACGUGGGGAGAAGUACCUCAAGCUCAGACCAGACAGAGUGGCCAUGCAGGAUGCUUCUGCGCAAAUGGCUCUCUUGCAAUUCAUGACCUGUCAACUUCCAUCUACCGCUGUACCAUCAUCAAUCCAUUGCGAUCAUUUGAUCCAAGCUCAGACCGGGGCCGAUGAGGAUCUCGCGAGGUCGAUUGAGAACAACAAGGAGAUUUUUGAUUUCUUAGAAUCAGCAGCUAAGAAGUACGGUAUUGAGUUCUGGAGACCAGGCUCGGGAAUCAUCCAUCAGAUCGUUCUGGAGAACUAUGCCGCGCCUGGAUUGUUGAUGCUGGGGACAGAUAGUCAUACGCCAAAUGCUGGAGGUCUAGGCAUGUUGGCCAUCGGGGUCGGAGGAGCGGACGCUGUGGACGCCAUGACGGAUACACCGUGGGAGCUGAAGGCGCCCUUGAUCACUGGAGUCAAGUUGACUGGGCAGCUCACUGGGUGGGCGACUCCAAAGGAUUUGAUUCUGCACCUCGCUGGAAAGCUUACCGUUAGAGGUGGUACCGGAAGAAUUCUGGAGUAUUUUGGACCAGGUGUCGCAUCUCAAUCCUGUACCGGAUUGGCCACAAUCGCGAAUAUGGGUGCCGAGGUCGGAGCCACCACCUCCACUUUCCCUUACUCGGAGAACAUGCGGUCCUACCUCCAGGCCACAGGUCGUGGUCCUGUUGCCGCCGCAGCUGAUGAUGCGGCUCGUCAAGGUUACCUCGCGGCAGAUGAAGGAGCAGAGUAUGACGAGGUCAUCGAGAUUAACCUCUCUGAGCUUGAACCACAUCUCAACGGCCCUUUCACCCCUGACCUGGCGACUCCUUUAUCACAUUUCGGCUCGUUCCUUGCCAGCAACAAGUAUCCGACAAAUUUGUCCUCUGCUCUGAUCGGAUCAUGUACCAACUCGUCAUACGAAGACAUGUCCAGAGUGGCUUCCAUCGCUGAACAAGCGAAACAAGCUGGGCUCAAGUCCAAAGUGCCUUUUCUGGUCACUCCUGGAUCCGAAUUGAUUCGCGCGACUAUUGAGAGAGACGGUGUCCAGGAGACCUUGGAGAGUGUGGGUGCGACCGUUCUCGCCAAUGCAUGCGGGCCAUGUAUCGGUCAAUGGAAACGGAAUGACUCGCCAAAAGAGGACAAUGCGAUUCUGACAUCCUUCAACCGAAAUUUCAAGGCUAGAAACGAUGGCAACUUGAAGACGAUGAACUUUCUUGCUUCUCCCGAGAUUGUUACUGCAAUGGCGUUCUCCGGUGACCUAAACUUCAACCCUACAACCGACACCAUCGAGACCCCCAAUGGCCCAUUCCGCUUCUCACCACCUCAAGGUGACCGUCUGCCCCCUUCAGGCUACACUCCUGGCGAUCUUUCCUAUUCGCCUUCCCCUACACCUACCCCAUCACCUGAUACCCCCGUUGUCAUCGAUCCGUCUAGCCAGCGUCUCGAAGUUUUGCAGCCGUUCAAGUCCAAUUUCGACAAUGGUCGAGGUGAAUUGCCAGAGAUGACUUGCUUGAUGCGGGUUAGGGGAAAAUGCACGACAGAUCACAUCAGUGCGGCGGGUCCGUGGCUCAAGUAUAAAGGCCACUUGUCAAACAUUGCAACCAACACUCUGAUGACUGCUGUCAACGAUGAAGGCGGAGAAGUCAACGUUGCUCGCGAUGUCGAUGGACAAGAUACUAUCCCGAACGUUAUGGCAAGAUACAGUGCUAGGCAAGAACCGUGGAUGCUGGUUGUCGAUGAAAACUAUGGGGAGGGAUCAGCGAGAGAACAUGCUGCGCUACAGCCUCGAUUCUACGGCUGUGGUCUGAUUGUUGCCAGAUCAUUCGCUAGAAUCCACGAAACGAACUUGAAGAAACAGGGUAUCCUUCCACUAUGGCUUGUUGAGAAAUCGGAUUACUCGAAAAUCUCCGCCGCAGACAAGGUUCAAACGAGCGGUCUCACUAGUAUCCUAGAUGGCUCUGCGACCUCCGAUCGAGUUCAACUGCGCGUAACCAAGCCGUCCGGAGAGCAAGUCACCGUCGAAUGCCGGCAUACGCUGAGCAAAGAUCAAGUGGAGUGGCUGAGGGAGGGAAGUGCCUUGAACUGGAUCGGCAGGACUGCCAAGAGCAGUAUGUCCCCAUAGAGAUAGAGAUCGAGUCUGGGGAGAGCGGCUGUACGUGAGAACUAAUAGAUGCACGUCUUGCUCCUUCCCAUGUCCGGCGGACAUACAGGCUAGGUUUUGCUUUGGAUGUCUCGUUCGAUAUGUCGAAAGUGCCGCACUCGUCACAGAACCGAGUUUUUCCCGAGAUCGAUUGCUUGACCGAUUCUUAGACAGACAUGCCUCCAAGAGGCUACAGACGC